UUGUGUAGAAGGCAAUGUAUUUUUUGUUAGUUUGGUAGUUUGGCUUUCGUUUUAGGCGAAAUAUUGAUGGAUCCAGUCGGCAAGGAUGUUAAAGAGGCCGUUUGUGGAAGCGAAAAUUCCCAACUCGUGUAAAUGCUGACAAUAUUUUGCUACGACCAUCGGUCAAUAGGAGUGUUAACCCUUAAACUGCCAAGAUCUGAUUAUCAAUUCUUGCCUCUGGCGGCUUCACGUUUCCUUGUGUAUCAGUUAUGAGAAUUUGGUGUUAGAUCAAGACAAAAACUUCUACCUGAUAAGUUUGAGUAUUCUCAUUACUUGUUUGCUAGAAAAGAUAAGGAUAUCAUUAAGAGAAGUUGCAUGUCAAUCACUUGUGGGGUGCAAGGGUUAAUUGUAAUAGUAAACACAAGGAUGAUUUAGAGUUUGUUAGUCUCAAGGAGACCAGUUUGCCUUCACUCUGUCUUGAGAAUGAUGUUUUUUACCUCAUAAACAAAUAACUAGUGAAUGCCUGCUUUGGACUUUCAACCUUGAUCUUUUUACUCUGCCCUUUUCGUUUCAGAGGCUGAAAAGUUUUUUUCGGUUACACUGGCCAAAGAAAAACUUUCUCCAGCAGCAGAGAUAGAGCGUACCUUGCUAGCAGACAAGUUCAGAAAGUUGAAAACCCAACUAGGAUUGCAGAAUGAGUUGUCUGGUGGUGGUAAAGGACCUCCACGUCCACCAAAGGGUAAAGUUCCUGUGCCAGCACCUGUACCAGCAGCCAAUGAUGACCUGGGUGGAGAGGAACUCUAUGAUGAUGUGGCUGCUGUUAUAGCUCAAGAUGAUCAAUACUAUGAAAUGAGCCAGGGUGUCGAGGGAAAUGAUGUACCAUCUACAACAAGUGCGGAUACGGGUGGUGAGAACUAUGAGGUGAUGUCAGCUGAGCAGGAAAAUGAGGCUCAAGGUGGAGAGGCUGCCGGUGAAGACUACAUGGCUAUGGAAGAUGAUCCAGGCCAAGAAGAUUAUGUAGAACCUCAAGCAGAGAACACUGCAGAUGAGAAUUAUGAAGUUACAGAGCAAAGUGUGAAGCCUCCAGCUCCAGUUGAGCAAGAAGAAAACUAUGAGAUCCCAGGUGCUGAUGAAGAUUAUGAAGUUACAGACAUGGAUCAUUCUACUCCAAAGGACGCAGAUGGUGAGAUGUAUGAAGGCAUUGAAGCACCAGAUAGUUUAGUAGAUGGAACUGUCAACUGGGAUCAACUAAAACAGAGCACAAGUCCUGAAAAAGUUCAAGGUGUCAUUAUAACAGGUUUUUUGAACAAACGUCGCAAGGAAGGAAAGGUGUAUUUGGGAAGUAAGUUUCAGAAGAGGUUCUGUGUAGUGCGUAACCACGCGAUGUACUACUUUAAGGACAAGAAGGCCAACAAACAACAAGGGCAUAUCUUGCUGCCAGGUUACAAAGUACAGCUAGCCAAUAAGAGAGGCCGAGAGUUUCAUCUCACGCAUUCGGGUGGCCAGAGGACUUACCAGUUUGAGACAAACAGUAAGGAAGAAACAGAAAAGUGGAUAAAAGCCAUUCAGAGGGCUUGUGAUGCUCCGCUGUCUGAACAUCAAAGGGCUAAAUUAGAAGAAAUGCGCAACAGGCACACCGCAGGAGAUGAUGACAGCCUUCACUAUGUUGACGCGAGCCUAAAAAACGAAGCUGUGGAAGAAGAAGACGAAGUGUAUGAUGACACUCAAGAAGAUUUAUACGAAGCAGUGGAGACUGUUCAACCACCUGUUUCAAACCACCCCUCUCCAGGCCCUUCACGGGAGGUGGUUGACUACGAAGUUUCUCCCACGGCUGUCCCCUCAAAACAGGCCCCGCUUCCACUUUUCCCUGGUGAAAACAAAACAGUCGAACCAAUUCAAGAAGAGGAAUACGAACUACCCGAGGCAUCUGCACCUCCACCUCGACCCAGCAAGACAGAACCCAUGCCACCCAUCCCCAGCGAAGACAAAGCACCAGAGAUACCACCCCCGCGACCUUCUAAAGGACAGCCAUCAGCCGCUCCCGUCCCUCCUGCCCGUCCUGUACCGCAGCAAGAUGACAUGUAUGAAGUUGCUGAACCAAACGCCCCUGACAACACCUCAGACUUACCGCCUCCCCCACCCCCUGUGUCAGUGGAAGAAAAUUACGAAGUUGCCGAUACUCAAGCUCCUGCCCCACCUCCGAUGCGUCCACCCAAAAGACCUCAACCCCAGAUUCCACAGCCAGUCAUUCCUCCAGUGGAGUCACCUGCAGAGAAAGCUCCUGAGCGACCAUCAAAGCCAGCUGCUAAGCCACAGCCUCCUGCACCUAAACCGAAAGACGAACCACCUCCGAGUCCCAAAGAAGUUCAGACGAUUGAAAUCAACUAUGCUAACAUCUAUCAAGCCCUGUGGACCUGUGAAGCAGAUGACAAAGAUGAGCUGGCAUUCCGGCGAGGUGACCUGAUUUAUAUUUACGAAAAGCCGCAUAACGAUUGGUGGAUCGGGUCUUUGUUCAAACCUCAAGGGUAUAGUGUAGGUCUGGUGCCGAAAAAAUAUGUCAUGGAGGCGUACGAGAUGACAGCGUAAAGUUUGGCUUGUAACGCAAUGUUUUUCGUCUUCUCCUUCAACCAGGCGUCUCUUGUCAGUGCAAAUGAUUCUUAAAUCGCUUGUAGUUUAAUAGAAUACAAUUCAUAGCCCGAUUGAAGAAAUGACCUCAAUACAUUGUAAACAAGAAAACACACAUCAGUGGGAACUGGUGAGUGUAACGUCUUCAAAAAAGAGAAAAGAACGUUUAGGCGGCGUUUGUUGUAUAAUCCAAUAAGCGAUAUCGGAAAUAGUUUUUUUAGACUUUUUUCGAUUCUGGUGUCAUUUGCGCUCUCAAAUCCAAGAUGUAAGUUUAAGGAAAACAACAUAUAUCACCAUUUUAAAUAGAAAUGCUCGGAUGUUAUGUAUUAAUGACCAUGGAACAGUGAAUUGUUGCAAUUGGGGAAUUUCUUUUUAGAAUGGAUAGAUUUCACCUAAUAUAGAUUGUUUGAGGUUUUAGUAAACAAAUAUUUUCUCAUACACGGACAUUCCAACCCUCACGAUUUGAUGUGUUGCUUUCCGCCCUCCCUAUUUUUAUCAGGUUCUCCCGAUUUAUCAUAAAAAUUCUGAUAAGAAAGAAAAAAUUGCUUAUCUUAUAUGUAUUUUUCGCAAUCUUUUUGUGGCUCCCCACUGAAUGCAUUUAUGCCUUGUGGACAGAAAGUUUACAAAUAUUCAUGAUCUUCCAAAGUGGCCAUCGUAAAAGUAAUAAAAGAUGUCUUCCUUUUUGACUCUGCAAUGAUGUAUUAACAACUGCAAAGAAAAGCUCAAAGAUAUCUGUGAUAAGAGUAGAGACCUUAUAGAAUACCAAAAAAUUGAUGUCAAAUGCAGGAAAUGCCACCUGAGAGAAAUUAAAUUUGAACAUUUUUCUGGGGGGAGGGGCAUGCCCUUAGAUCCCCCCAAGAGGCUCGCACCUUCGGCGCUAAAAAAUAUACUCCCCUCUAAAGGGGUUGGAAUGUCUGCACAUAUAUCGGAGAAGAUGAAAAGUAGGAAUAGUAUAAUUCUUAAAAUUAGAUUCGCCUCGCUUUCUUGUCAAGCUGUGUGAAAGCGUUAAAUGCAGUAAAUGCGCUGCCAGAAAAAAAAUAUUCAGAGACGAAUGUACUGAGCAAUUAUAAAGAAACUCAGUUUUGUAUUUAGAGCAUUAUCAUAAAAGUAUUUUAUCUCAAUGAAGAAAAAAUUAGGUUAUUUUUCUAUGAAAAAAAAGUAGAGCAAUGAGUCUUUAAAAUUCCAAUCGGCUGUCGCAUUUUUUUAAUUUUACCGUCAACCAUUAUGGAGUAGAAUCCGCUUUUAAUUAGUAGUUUUAGUCAACACAUCUGUGUUUUCCUUGAAUAUUAUUACAUAUAGUGAAGAGUACACAUUAUGAAAUUGUGAGAACUUUUCCAGAAUAUGCAAUAAAGAGAGCCAUAGAAAAG